UUUCUCACUCGACCCACGUUUCAAAAAUCUUUCCUUUUCCCGAAUCCUCUCUCAGCUCUCAAAUUUUUUUCCCAUCAAAUCGGCACACAACAGAUCAUCAAAAGCUGCAUUCUUCGUUGUUGUUGAUUAAUCGCCAGAAAAGUUAAAAAAAAAAAAAAGAAAGAAAGAAAGAGCCGUGGAAAUUCUGGAAGCGAGAAGAUUACAGGUUCGUUGUCCAAACGCCGGAAUGAUUCACGAAUUUCAUCCCUUGACCGUUCGCCUGACGCGUAUUUAUUGCAACCUUCGAUUGACGAUGAUGAUGAAAUAAGGAAGAUUCAUUCCACCGAAAACCGCUUUCUAUUUGCGCGUUUUUGUUUGUUAAAUCGUCGAUCAUCUCACGACUCCUCGACAUUGAUUCCUUCAAUCCGAACUAGGUUUGAUUUUCGAGGUCCAGCUCCAUGUCCGAAGACUCCUUCAGGAUUUGUGUUCUCUGUUUGGGAGGUAUUUCCGAUUGUUGAAUUUAGAGAUGCAAACAAGGGUGAAAAGUUACGAUUCCCUUGAGGAAGGCAGAGAACCAAUCCUUAGAAAUUCGGCACAGCCAAACAGGCCCUUAUUACCGCUGAGAUUAUUACAGUUUCUAUUGCUUCUUUUGGGAUUAGGCAUUUCAUUUUCAUUCCUAAGUUUCUACAUUAGCCCUUAUCUUAAGCUUCAGACAGAGUCCCCUGUUUCAUUGUCCAAAUUUCAGCCAUGUUUUCGUGAUUCCGGCAGCAUUAUGAGCUGGAUCCGGCCGCCGUUGAAUCUCCGGCAUGAAAUGAACGAUGCCGAGCUCUUUUGGCGCGCCACGUUGGUGCCGACAAUCCCCCGAUACCCCUUUAAAAGAACGCCGAAAAUUGCGUUCAUGUUUCUUACAAGAGGGCCGUUGCCGUUGGCACCGUUGUGGCAACGAUUUUUCGAGGGGAAUGAGGGGCUUUAUUCGAUUUAUGUUCAUUCGUCGCCUUCCUACCGCCCCAACUUUCGGACAUCAUCGGUUUUUUACAACCGGCAGAUCCCGAGCCAGGUCGCCGAAUGGGGGAUGAUGAGUAUGUGCGACGCGGAGCGUCGACUCCUCGCGAACGCGCUCCUCGACGUCUCGAACGAGUGGUUCGUCCUCCUCUCGGAAUCUUGCAUCCCGCUCCAAAACUUCAGCAUCGUCUACCGAUACAUCGCGCGGUCGCGGUACAGCUUCAUGGGCUCGUUCGACGACCCGACGGGGAACGGCCGGGGCCGAUACAAUGCGGGAAUGUUCCCGAAAGUGAACCUGACCAAUUGGCGAAAAGGGUCGCAAUGGUUCGAAGUAAAUCGGAAGAUUGCGAUCGAUAUCGUUCAGGACACCGAUUACUACCCAUCGUUCGAGCAGUUCUGCCGGCCGCCGUGUUAUGUGGACGAGCAUUACUUCCCGACGAUGCUGAGCAUCAAAUCGCCGCGGGAGUUGGCAAAUCGGAGCUUGACGUGGGUCGAUUGGUCGAGGGGUGGGGCCCACCCGGCGACGUUCGGCGCCGGCGAUGUGUCGAAACAGUUUUUCGACAAGAUUGGUAAGGAUCAAACGUGUUAUUACAAUGACCAGCCUACGAAUCUGUGUUUCCUGUUUGCGAGGAAGGUUUCUCCCAAUGCUUUGGAUCCUUUGUUACGAUAUUCUCAUCGAUUCUUUGGCUUUUGAUCAUAGGAAUUUUUGUAGAUGUAUAUAUAUAUUUUUGGUGUAAGAUUUGAACAUACAGGUAACGUAAGAGAUUGUUUUAGGUGAGUGUAUGAAGGGUGAGGGGGAUAUUUGAACCGAAUCAGGGCCGUUCCUGACGGGCGAAAUAAAAAUUAAAGGUAUUUAUAAAAAAACAUAUUUUUU